AUGGAGGCGUUACGUAACGGCGACGGUGACUCCAGUCGGCGCAUUCUCUCGACCCUGCUACCGGUUCUGGAAGCACGCCUGCACGCCAUGCAGUGCAAGCCAUCCGCUCACACGUCUUCCGCCGCCAUCGAGUCGUGGCGUCUCGCUCACGCGCUGACGCUCAACAAUUACGGAUGUCAACUACGCCGCGACGGGCUCACGGCCGAGGCACUUCGGCAGUUUCUGCGCGCAAAGCAGGUCGAGACGCUUGUGUUCGGAAAACCAUCCUGCUCCACGAUGCUGAACCUCUCCGCCGUCCUCCUGAGCAGCGGAGCGGCGGAGGAGGCGCUGACCAUUUCGAAGGAGUGUGUGAUGGCGGCGCAAGACGGUGAGCCGAUUCUCUUCAUCACGGCGCUGCAUAACCUCGCCGUCACGCUGGGGCAGCAGACAAGCGAGCGCGAGCGCAAAGCAGCGCUGCCAACAAUGCUGCAAGCGCUGCGCGAGGCGCAAAGUGCACUCGGCGAGAAACACGCGACCACCCUCAUGCUCAAGGAAAAAUGCGGCCUGACUUCCGGCUGGAUCGCGCAAGACCGCGGGGCGGAGGCCGGACCUGAAAUCGCCGCUCCCGUGCGUGCUGCUGAAUCGCCUUCGGGGCACGGCACGUUGCAUGCGAACUCUGCGGCGCAGUCGCCUUCCCCGACGCCGCUGACGGCGCAAGAGAUCGCUAGAGCCGCUCUGUACACCCUGAACUUUGGAGAGCCCGUUCAUGCCCAUCCGAUCGCACACAACGUCGCAGUUCUCGACGCGGCGGAACCGGCGAAGGGUGAUCCAAAUGCGUGGGAACAAGAUGCGUACCCUGCUUUCGCGUUAAGGCACUCGCCGGACGCCGAUGCGCGCAGCCAAGGUUAUGCGGGGAGAAUGACGCAAGAUAAUCAGGAGUCGCCCCUCUCACCGCCGCGACAAUCAACGCACUUGGACUCUGUGGCGGAAGCCGAUGCUGUGCGCGCCACGCAUCUGAAGAUGCCGCUGGGAGAGAGUGCCUUGCCUAAACCGCUACAUGUUUCUAGCCGGCAGAGCAGCACUGCGGCCUCGGUCGAUCAGCACUGCCUCAACUCCGUCAAUCUCUCCGGCAUGCAGCGUAGCGUCGCUAGUGCGCCCCUAGAGACGGUGCUGCAGGAGCCCUUCCAGACUGCAUCACUGGUGAUGAGCCGCAGCGUCCCCAAUCUUGUAGGACCCGCUGGGUCUAUACGCGACCUGUACAAGAUGGACAGCGAGGACGGCGAAAGGGUCCCCGGCUUUUUGCGCUUCAGUUUGCCGCCGCGCCUGCCGGCCGCAAACAAGGUGUCUCUGCCGCUGCGCAAAGUCGCGCCUCAAGGAUCCUCGCCAGAGCCAUCGAACGCCGCCGCGGAGGGCUUCCACAGGAAGCCGUCGCCCGCGACGAUGCCGCGGAGCGUCAGUAAAGGGAGCGGUGACAGCAACCCCGAGAGCAGUACGGCGGCCACGCCUAUCACCAUAAUGCCCACAGCUGGGGAUCUCAAGACGGUCGAUAAAAGCGAGAAACCGCUCCCCAAGAUGGGCGGCCCCGCAACACUACCAUCUGCGCCGCAGCGAAGCCUUUUCAGGUGCUGUGGUUCUUUGUACGCGAGACACACGGUGCACCGUGAGGUCGAGAAGCAAGAGGAAAGGGCCUACCGCGCGCAGAGGGAGGCUGAGAAGAAGGCCGCGGAGGCCGAAACCGCCUUUCAGCUGGCCCUCCAGAAGAUUCAGUCUCGUACUCAGAACAGCGCAGCCGUCACCAUACAACAUGCGUGGAGGCAGUGGUGGAGCGCCGUAGGUCGAGCACGCCGAGAUGUGCAGCUGCAGAGACUAGAGGAACUCCAACGCCGUCGCCGUGAGCGGCUGGCAUUGGGCUUCGUGGCUGGAAAGAUGCCAGGCAGGUCUGGGAAAGUCACCAUCCCGCCGCCACCAUCCCAGCAACACGGUCACGUCGGUGGCUACGUCGUUCCUGCCGUGGUACUGCGGUGCUGGAGAACGUGGCUGGCCAACACCGUUUGCGUCCGACAUGUGGCCAAGAGCCACCGCAGCCCAGUGGACGCUCGCCUGCAUGAGGCAGAUGUGCGUCGCGGCGUCUGCCGAAUUCAAGCAUUGUGGCGUGGCGCCAUUGUUCGCCACCGGCGUGUUCAGUAUCAGCAGCAACCGCAGUCAGACGGUGAGAAUGCCCCCGUGAUUGCCGUAUCUGCGGCGUAUCGGCGGCGCGCGGAAGCCGAGCUCCGCGAGUACUCUGCGCUGGUUCUGCAGAUGGCGUACAGGAGCUACCGUGCGCGCCAGCUGCGGCGUCGGCUCUACCUUGCAAAGCACAGCGGACCGGCAGCGGUGAUCCAGCGCUGGCUGCGAUGCAGAUUGGCUGAUCAGCGCAACCGAGGCGUUGACUCGCGCACCAUACGCGUGCGCGACGCGGCGGCGAGGUCGAUACAGCGGGUAUGGCGCGGUUACCUAGGUCGCGUCACAUUCCGCAUGCGUGAGCUGCGACGUCGAAUGGAUCAUGCCGGCUUCUACCCGCUUGCCCUUGAAGCCAGUAUCGGUACUGCACGCCACCUUGCCGCGACCGACGAGGGCGAGGGCAUGGCGGCAAAGCACAUCUCGACAAAGACCUCCACGCCCCCAUCACCUGCUGCAGUGAAGAGAGCAGGUGCGCGUUCUUCUUCGGGGAAACCGGAUUCCUUUGCUGCCGGCAAGACGGCGCUCGACUCAAACUGCAAUGCAGCACUCGUCGAUGCGUAUGCAGCUGACUGCUUGCAGCGAAGCGGCGAGGUGUACCGGCUGCGUGACGCGGAGCGAGACCGAUACCACAUUGGCCUUUACGUAGACGUGAGAGCCACCAAGGAGCGGCAGGCGUGGCAGGAGUCGUUGCGAUUACGGCCUACCGAAGUGCUGCGCCGACGUGUCGCGAUGGACACCCGGAUUCACGAAGAGCAGCGCGCCUUCACGGAACUUCGUGCAGCACUCGCCAUUCAGCGCGCCUUUAGGGCCUGGCGAAGGAUGCAGAAGGACAAGAGUAGGGACACCAAUUUUCUCUAUUACUCACGUGCGCUCUACCAGCAGCACGAGCUUGGUUCCCUCGUGGCGCGGAAGCAGCGGCAGCGGGACAUCGUGCGGGCAAUAGCACUGUACGGUGAUUCGACCAUUGCGAUGCGAGCAGAACGCGUGAAAGCGGCCCAGGAAUUAGCGUUGGUGGCAGACUGCAACGGCCCUGCUAGCAGCAGCAGCGGGCUGAAUGGGGUCAUCGCGGCACCGCGCAAAGGGGCGAUGAAAAUCGCGUCGUACGCCGAGCGUAUGGCACGGAAGCAGCAGCGUCAGGAGCAAGAGGCGAUGCAGCGCAGGGACGAGGUAUUGGUUGCCCUCACCUACCCACAUGACAUGGCGCACGCGCGAGAAGGACCUGAUGAGUGUGCGGCACGCAUUGGCACAACGUACGAGCAUCCUUACUAUAUCCCUUACAUGAACGAAGAGCAUUGCCGCGCUCUUGGGAUUGAUUAG